CGUGACUACAGUGCGCACUUAAGUAGUAUUGAUCAAUAAAAGGCAGAUGAUCGCUGACAACAUUCGACAACGAAACGCCGUCGCUCGUCGUGCAUGGAGGAAAGCGGCCAACUGCCCACAUAGAAAGGAGCCAAGUAACCGGUAUGAUGGAAAUCAGCGAUGCUCCAAUAGCAAUCUACGAGCGCAGCUGUUGGAAUUAGAGUUUUUGGAGAACGAAAGGCAACGACUUCUAUCACAAAAUGGCAGGCGUAUUCGGCGACCAAUAACCUUAAGGAUUCCAGUUGUCCAAUCAUCCGGAAAGACUGCGGAGACUGACAUCGAUGAUCAUUGUCGUGGAUACAUGGAAUUAAGAAGAACGAAAAAGCGAAGUUUAUGUAACUGCACUGGCUGCUGCAAUUGGACCUGGUGUUGUCCAAACACACCGACUCGCGUUGCUAAAAGGAUGCCCCGCAAUAACCUACAUGUUGAAGGAUCACUUUAAGACACGAUUUGUUAAUUCCGUUUAUCCUUGCUUUUGUUGCUUAAAUUUAGCUUUUUGACCAUUAUUUCUGUUUAUCAGUCCAGUUUUUGUUCUUUAUGAUCGAUCCUGAGUUAAAGGCUUUGGAUGAAAAC